GAACGCGCGCGUCAACAAUGAUGCUAACUGUGCACUCGGAUUUAUCCCUUCAUCGGCUGGCGUUUCGUUAAUGAGUCAACCCAGCGAUCGAAUCCCUUUCCUCGAACGCUUCCGCUCAAACCCUAGUUUUUUUUACCACUAGUCACGCCUCAGCCUCACGAGUUUCUUGACUCGUUGAUUUAAAUCGUUCGACGCCGAUUCAUACCUUAUUCUUCCCGAAAUUUCUCAAUUUCCCUUAAUUUUGGUCCAUUUUUGCAAUUUAAUGUUUGCAGCUUCAGUCUUCUGAUCAACAAAUUUGACAAAAGGCGAAUUUUGGUAUAAUUCUGCAGUUUUGCUGUUACGAUCAUAUUUGAUGUUCUUCUAUGAACUGUGAAAAGAAGGAAUGCGUUUCUUACACCGAGCCGAUACAUCUUUUCGUCAGAUGCAUGUAUUUAAGGUGAAAAGUGAAGGAAUGUGUUUUUAAAACCAAAAAUGAAGAAAAGUGUAUAAAAUAGGUUAAGAUAUAUGCUUGGUCUACAAUAUAAUGGGAGAGAUGACUCCACUCCGUCCGGCGGGAUACAUUGACCCUGGCUGGGAGCAUGGGACUGCCCAAGAUGAGAAGAAGAAAAAGGUCAAGUGCAACUAUUGUGGGAAAGUUGUUAGUGGAGGUAUAUAUAGAUUAAAGCAACACUUGGCUCGAGUCUCUGGAGAAGUAACAUACUGUGAAAGGGCUCCAGAAGAUGUAUAUUUGAAAAUGAGAGAGAAUUUGGAAGGUUGUCGAUCCAACAAGAAGCAAAAACUGUCUGAAAAUGAUGAGCAGGCGUAUCUGAAUUUUCAGUCUCAUGAUGACGACGAUGAUGAUGAUGCAAUGGAGACUAUGGAGUAUAAAAGAAAAGGGAAAAAAGUGAUGAAUGAUAAGAGUUUCUUUUUGAAUUUGACUCCUCUUCGCUCAUUGGGAUAUGUUGACCCUGGUUGGGAGCAUGGGAUUGCUCAAGAUGAGAGAAAGAAAAAGGUGAAGUGCAAUUACUGUGGAAAAAUAGUCAGUGGAGGCAUCAAUAGAUUUAAACAACACUUGGCUAGAAUUCCAGGAGAAGUUGCUCCCUGUAAAAAUGCUCCAGAUGAAGUAUACUUGAAGAUAAAGGAUAAUAUGAAAUGGCAUCGCACAGGAAGAAGGCACAGAAGACCAAAUACCAAAGAAGCACCAACCUUUUUUAUGCAUUCAGAUAAUGAACCUGAAGAAGAUGAGCCAGAAGAUGUUUUGCAUCACUUGAGUAAUGAUAAGGUUGUUAUUGGAGAUAUGAGACAGAGCAAAGAUUUCAGGAGGGGACAUGGUGGAAUCUCUUCAGGAAGUAGUUCAGAGAUGUACUUGAAAAAGUCGAGGCUAAAUUCAUCGGUCUUGAAGACUUCAAUGCGUCAUAUGCCACUGACUUAUAAGCAAGGAAGCUGUGGUUCAAACAAAAAGAACCGCAAGGAAGUACUUUCAGCUAUUAGUGAGUUCUUCUAUUAUGCGGGGAUCCCAAUGCAAGUAGCCAACUCCCUUUCUUUCCAGAAGAUGUUGGAACUUGUUGGUCAUUAUGGUCCGGGUCUUACAGGUCCUUCAAGUCGGCAGAUAUCUGGUAGAUUUCUACACGACGAACUGUCAACAGUCAAAAGCUAUCUUGUCGAGUAUAGGACAUGCUGGGCGGUUACUGGUUGUUCUAUUAUGGCAGAUAGUUGGAAAAAUUCACAGGGUAGGAUACUAAUUAAUUUUUUAGUGUCCUGUCCUCGUGGUGUGUACUUUGUUUAUUUAGUUGAUGCCACUGACGUAGUAGAUGAUCCUUCUAGUUUGUUCAAGUUACUUGAUCAAGUGGUGGAGGAAAUUGGUGAGGAAAAUGUUGUUCAGGUAGUCACUCAGAAUACUCCUAAUUAUAAGGCUGCUGGAAAGAUGCUUGAAGACAAAAGAAAAACUCUAUUUUGGACUCCGUGUGUUGCCUAUAGUAUAGAUAGAGUACUUGAAGAUUUUUUGAAGAUAAAGAUUGUCGGUGAAUGUAUAGAGAAAGCCCAGAAGGUGACAAAGUUCAUCUACAACCGUACAUGGCUGUUGAAUCUGAUGAAGAAGGAAUUUACUGGCAGGCAGGACAUUCUUAGACCUGCUAUUACUAAAUAUGCUGCUAACUUCAUUAGUUUACAAGGUGUAUUUGACCAUAGGAUAAGUCUUAAGAGAAUGUUCCAAUCAAGCAAAUGGCUUUUAUGUCGGUAUUCCAGAUCAGAAGAAGGCAAGGAAGUGGAGAAAAUUGUACUAAAUGCUUCAUUUUGGAAGAAAAUGCAGCAUGUUUUGAAAUCAGUGGAACCAGUUCUGCAAGCACUGCAUAAGGUUGACAGCAACAGUAACCUGUCUUUGCCAUAUGUAUAUAGUGACCUGUUAAGGGCAAAACUUGCUAUUAAAAGCAUGCAUGGUGAGGAUGCUGAUAAAUAUGGUCCUUUUUGGAGUGUGAUUGACAGCCAUUUGAGUUCAUUAUUUCAUCAUUCAUUAUGUGUCGCUGCAUACUCUUUAAAUCCAGCCUAUAGAUAUCGACCAGAUUAUCAAGCGAAUCCGGAGGUGGUCCGUGGAUUAAAUGAAUGCAUCGUUCGGCUUGAGUCAGAUAGAGGUAGACAGGUUGCUGCAUCCAUGCAGAUCUCUGACUUUGUAUCGGCUAAAGCUGAUUUCGGGACUGAAUUGGCAAUCAGUACAAGAACUGAGCUUGAUCCAGGUGUGUGGUGGCAGCAACAUGGUAUAAAUUGUUUGGAAUUGCAGUGCUUAGCUGUACGCAUACUAAGUCAAACAUGCUCUUCGUUUGGUUGCGAACACAAUUGGAGUGUAUAUGAUCAAAUCCAUUGUGAAAGUCAAAACAAUUUAGCUCGCAAGAAAUUAACUGAUUUUGUUUACGUUCACUACAACUUGAGACUUAGAGAGCGCCAAAUAAGACAGGCGAAUGAGUUGAUGUCACUUGAUAGUGCUCUUCUAGAAGGUUUACUUGAUGACUGGGUUGUAGAAGCUGGCAGACAUGCUAUUCAAGAUGAUGAGCAGGAUAUAUUUGACCAUGAAGAUGGAUACAACUACGAUAUACUUGAUUAUGACGAUGGUAACUCGGAUAUGAGGAGGGGAUCUUUAGAAAUGGUGACACUGGCAGAUGUGGAACCUUUGGAAGUCCAUCCUAAUGCCGGUCCAGCAACUGAUGAUGAUGCUGAUCUUGAUUUCCUUGAUGAUGACUUAACUGAUUAAUUGAAUUACAGGACUUACUAAGAUUCUAUUCUGGAAUGACAAACAUGAUGCCGGGCAUGUUUUAUUUUGAGAGAUUUGUUUUUUUCCGGGUUGCUUGGCUCUACUCAUUGGACGAUCGGUAAACAAGCACAUUCGUUUUACACAUGUUUUUAGUACCAAUUGUAGAACUUCUGACCUAGGAAGUAAUAGUUCUUUUAAGAGUCAAUGAGCUUCAUCGUUCUUCGCUAAGUCUCACAUAGUAAGCAGACGAAAUCAGGAAUUGUGUUCGUGCUGGAUUUUGUGGAGUCGUCGAUACGUAUCAGCAUAGUGAUAAUUCAUUUUUUUUUGUUCUGUAUUUUGGUAAUGUUUUAUUUUUCAGCCUCUGGAGUGAGAAGGCAUCUGUAUAUAACUCUAUAUUACCUACUGUAACAUAAUCAUUAAUCUGUU